AUCAGUGAUAAGUGACUUCUGAUGCGUUUCAAUUUUUUUGACACAUGACUUUUGGAAGACUUUGAUAUGAAUUUUGCUCAGUCAACAAAGCAAAUGAAAAAUGAAUUAUAUGAUAUUAUUCAGUCUGUGAUUAGAGGGUGAAAUAAAUAAUAAUAAAAAAGCAAUGACAGCUACUAAUUUGAGUUCAUUCCGUAACGAAGAUGAUGUUUUUUUAGAGGAAGACAUUGCCGUCAAAGAUCCAUAUCAUCUAUUCAAAUCUUGGUUGAACGAAGCAUGUGAAUCACCUGAAAUUCGUGAGUCAAAUGCAUUCUGUUUGGCCACCGUAUCAAGAGAUAACAUUCCAUCGGCGCGAUUUGUUCUCAUGAAAAAUGUCGAAGUGGAUGGGGUGACGUUUUUUACGAAUUACGGCAGUCGUAAGGCGCAAGAAAUUGAAUCAAAUCCAAAUGUAGCGGCCACAUUCUAUUGGGUACCGCUCCACCGUCAAGUUCGUAUAGAAGGAGUUGCAACAAAAGUAUCGCGCAAAGUAUCCGAGGAGUACUUUCACCAACGCCCACGAGCGAGUCAAAUUAGCGCCGUUGCCAGUGCACAAAGCCAGCCAAUUCCAAGCCGAGACCAUCUGACGAAAAUCGAAAAUGAAAUCAACGAAAAUGUCGGUCCGGAUGGUGUCGUUUCGUUGCCAAAUUGGGGUGGAUAUUUGAUCAAGCCACAUUUAUUUGAAUUUUGGCAAGGACAAACCAAUCGAUUGCAUGACCGAAUCCGUUUUCGGCAACCAAAACCAGACGAUGACAACAAAGAUCUAGUUCAUGAUGGAGAAAAUGGUUGGGUUUUCGAGCGACUAGCACCAUAACCAAUAACAAAAAUAUUGUUCUAAAACUUUCUCCAGAUAAAUGUACAAAAUGUGAAAAAUCACCAAAAUAAAUGGGUUCCAAUGCAUCAAAACAUCGGCAAUCUGUCUUCUGUUUGGCAUCGAUGAAAAAAUCAUUGCUUAUUUGAAGAGAAUCAAAUGGUGUAUACAUGGGAUGAAACAAAAGAUUCCACCAUAUGUAAAUGCAGUAAUCUGAAUAAAAGCCUAUCACAAAUCAUUCCGGCAAACGGAUUUCCACACAACACUUUUACACAUGUGAGACGGUGUUUUACGAUGUAGCAGAAAUGGCAGAUGUUUAUUAGCCAUCACAUGUUGAUUCAUUGUUCCAAUAGCUGCUUUUAUCCUUGGCAUGGUUUUGAUGAGAUUUUGAGCUCGGUUCCCAUCACUGAGUUAAGUCUUAGAAGCUUGAAGAUGUAAAUGUAGCAAAAAAAUGUAUGCGAACCCAUGAAUAAAUAGAGCAUUUCAGAUGGAAAAUGUGUAUAUAAAU